AUAUCGAUAUAUUGAUGUAAAUACUUUGAUAGUUCUUGCAAAAAUUAAUUUAAUCUUAUAUAAAGUUUCUUGAAUCCGGGUUAAAUUAAAUACAUGUGCACAAUCUCCCUUUCGCAAUAUUUUGUGACUUAUCCGUUUAUAUGACUAUUGAUUUGAAUAAAAUGCACUAUCAUUAAGGCAAACAAAAAAGAGAAGGCUAUCAAUUGGCAAACAUACGCAUGCUGUUGCAUGGAUACUUAGUAACAUGCCAUUGAACGCUGUUCUUAAUGAAAUGAAUGGUACCACAAAAGAUAAAUAUAAGAAAACAUAUAAUAAAACUAGAGUGAUGUUCACUAAGUGGCAUUCCAUUUUUAAUUCUACGUCAGAUCUUUUUAUAACUAAACAGUAAUAUUCAUGGUCCUAAAUGGAAAAAAACAUUGUAAAUCAUAUUGUUACAAACACAAAGAAAUUGUCACGUAAUUUACAAUUGUCAAAAUAAGAAGUUUAUCCGAGCAAUUGUAUCGUAAUGAAUUCAGUUCAAGGUGCUAUAAAGAAGAAUCUGGAAAAAAGUGGGCUUUUAAAGAGAAAUUGGCUCAAGCGGUACUACGGUGUAUUUAAACUAAGGUUUAACAGGUUAAUUGGCGCCCUGCCCAGCGGGGCAAGAUUAAGCUUGGAGAUUCUACAGAAGGAGUACAUCAAACAGUUCUUUUUUGAGAAGAGCGUGGGAAGCGGAGGAACUUGUUUAAAGCCUAUUGCAUGUUUUGGAUGAUUAAAGAAAAACUGGGAAAGAAGCCCAGCAGCAGAAAAGCAGGCUCUGCAUCUCUCAUGCCACCGUGUGGAAUUUUUAUUUAGAGGACGGCAGCGGAAAAAAAACGCGUUUCAAAUUGUUAACGGUUAAACUCGUGACACUUUGCAAUGAUACCCAAGCUCGUCCCAUGUUUUUGAGCAAAUUGAGUAGGCCAAACAGAACUAAAAUGAUAUUUGGGAAAUCAAUUGCUGGUUUCUUUUCCUGCUUCAGAGUGAUAGUUUGUAAAGGCCAGAUGUGCAGCUGACAUUAGAGUCGCCCAAAAACUUUUAAAACUCAAAACAAAAUAGCAAAACUACAUGCUUUCUAAGUUCUAACUGUUUAAAAGAUGUUUACAAGUCAGGGUAAGCCUACUGAGAUUGCUAAAUCUCAUAGUGAGACUUUGCAGCUCAAAUCAUUACCAGAUCUGGCUAAGAACAACAAAAUUAUAGAUGUGGAUGUCGAAACGGAGAAGGAUCUUCAGUUCCCUCAAAUUGCUUCGAAAAAUAAACUCUUGAAGCUUAGUUGGUGGCAUUCACCCGCUCAAGCGUACGAUGUAGAGGCAACAUUAGUACAGCCUAGAAAAAGUGAAAAAGGACCCAGUAACAAAACUAUUAAGGUUGAGAACAAUAAUACUUUAGCUAACGGCUGUACAAACUCGCCAGUAAGAUCUGUUCCGUUACUCCAGAAUAUUCGUCCCGAUCAUGAACGCAUGAGUGAAGCAAACGAAGAAGGCAUCCUCGAGCCAAGCAUCGAAGAACUUUAUCUAAAGGACUCUCACCGGCUUGUCGAUGAUUCUAAACCAUGUACUGGAAUAUUAAAUCAAGAUCAGGAGGAUCAAAUGAUAAUAUGCGGCUAUCGUCGUUCUUAUAUACGCACGGUUGUUUGCUGGACUUGUAUUUUUUUAACUGGCGGUCUACUGCGGCUCGUUUUACAUUGGUGGCGUCAUUUGUACCUAUUUGCCACUUGCUCUCAAUGUUCGUUGGAGGAGGCUGAACAGGUUUUGGUAACAGAAGAUUAUCAAGGAAAGCACAAACUAUAUCACGUAAAGCGAAUUCAGGUCCUUUCUGUAAACCACCUUAAGACACUGUUGCAUAAGGACCCGUCGGGCACAGAAAGGAUGAAUUUAGAAGAUGAAAAUGUUGAGAACGCGUUGCAACUAUCGGUUCAUUUCACCUCUGCGCUGUUUAAAAGAUGUUCAUCCUUACGAAUAUUUCGGUGCAAGCAAUUAGUGUACGCAUGGAACAACAAUCUUAAUUGUUUCCAAAAGAUAAAUGGUCUCGACCUAAAUGUUCCCUGUUCAUAUUAUCACCAACAACGCGGAUUAACUGUAAAUGAGCAAAUUUCAAGACGAGUUGUUUUUGGGGAAAAUCAAAUAACUGUGCCAUUGCGAGAUAUAAAGACAUUGCUUUUUUUGGAAGUAUUAAACCCUUUUUACGUUUUUCAAAUAUUCUCAGUGAUCCUGUGGUUCACAUAUGAUUAUUACUACUAUGCUUGCGUAAUACUUUUAAUGUCAAUUUUUGGUGUAACUGUUUCUAUUUUGCAAACGAAAAAGAAUCAAGAUGUACUUCAAAAAACAGUAUAUAACACUGGAAAUGCUUGGAUUGUUGAUCCUAAAGGACUGUCCAAAGAGUUUCCAACGCGAUCACUAGUUCCGGGAGACAUAAUUGAAAUACCGUCUUCAGGCUGUACAAUGCAGUGUGAUGCAGUAUUAUUAUCGGGAAACUGUAUCCUGGACGAGUCUAUGCUUACAGGCGAAAGUGUGCCAGUGACCAAAACUCCGUUACCGUCGAAACGCGACAUGAUAUUCGAUAAAACAGAACACGCCAGGCAUACGCUUUUUUGUGGUACAAAGGUUAUCCAGACUCGAUACAUUGGAUCAAAAAAAGUAUUGGCAUUUGUGAUAAACACUGGGAACAUAACAGCCAAAGGGGAACUAAUACGAUCUAUUCUUUAUCCCCCACCUGUAGACUACAAGUUUGAACAAGAUUCGUAUAAAUUUAUUCAGUUUCUUGCAUUAAUAGCUUGUAUUGGAUUCAUUUAUACACUUUUAACGAAAAUAUUGCGGGGAACGGAUCCCGUUAAAAUAGCAGUUGAAUCUCUGGACCUUAUUACAAUUGUUGUACCACCAGCACUACCAGCGGCAAUGACCGUCGGUCGUUUCUAUGCACAAAAGCGUUUAAAGGCUAGUGAAAUAUUUUGUAUUUCCCCACGGUCUAUUAACGUAGCAGGAAGCAUAAAUUGCUGUUGCUUUGACAAGACUGGUACUCUUACUGAAGAUGGACUGGACAUGUGGGGGGUUGUGCCGAAAUCAUCAACUAAUCAAUUUCAAAUACCCUUAAACAAUGUUGACCGUCUACCUUACGAUCAUUUUCUCUUUGGUAUGGUAACGUGUCAUUCUAUCACUGUAUUGAACGGCACAAUGAUGGGGGAUCCGUUGGACCUAAAAAUGUUUCAGUCAACGGGUUGGACACUGGAAGACUCAAGUAACAUUCCAGAUAAUGAGAAAUAUGGAAUAAUUUACCCAACAAUUUUGAGACAACCGAAAGCUUGCCUUUCCGACUUGUCUUCACUGGAUAUGGAAACUAAAACGCAAAUUAACCGACAAUCCUCAGUAGACGAUUUACUAGCCACUGUUGGCAUUUCGCAAGAUCAAAAAAAUGUUGAUCAUGGAAUCGUUAGAGAAUUUCCAUUUACAUCGAGCCUUCAGCGAAUGUCUGUUAUUACUCGUUGUCUCAGUGACCAAGUGUUUAAUGUCUACUGCAAAGGCUCUCCAGAGAUGUUGCAUAAGCUGUGCUCCCCGCAAAGCUUACCUGAUAAUUAUUUCCAACAAUUAUCGUCAUUUGCAAAAAAAGGAUACCGAGUUAUUGCCAUUGCAUUCAAAGCCCUUGCCCACAAGAUGAACUAUACAAAAAUACAGCGACUAACCCGCGAAGAGGUUGAAUCCAAUCUGGAAUUUCUUGGUUUUGUAAUACUUGAGAAUCGCCUUAAACCAGAUACUGCUAAAGUUAUUAAUGCACUAAACUCAGCCAAAAUUCGAACUAUUAUGAUUACAGGCGAUAAUAUAUUAACCGCUAUGAGCGUUGCCCGUGAUUGUGGCAUCGUAAGUGCAUCGCAAGCUGUUAUUACUGUGCACGCAGAUAUCCUUGAUGAUGGUGCGAAUACUCGGACCAAUCCCAGUGGUUCUGAAUGUGUUGUUGAUAAAAGUCAGGAUAAUCAGUACAAGUUACAGUACACUUUAGAUUUGGGAAGUAAAAUCCCUUCGUUAUCUCAAUUAACAUCAAGUUGCAAUGGUAACGUUAAUCGUAGAAGUGUAUUUAGCACCGACGGUGCUUCAACUCUUUUUCGUCUGGAGUCUACGAAUUCAUUAGUUAAUGAAUUGAGCUCAAGUUACGCAGAAAGCGUUCUGCCGACAAGUGAUAGUUUGGCCAGUGUAAAAACCACAGACACAUGGACCCACAAUGGAGCAACAGAUUGCGAUGUUGAGCUUGGAAUGAAACGCCCACAAGACGAAAGCUGGCGGCAACACUAUUUAUUUGCAAUGGAUGGCAAAACUUGGCAAAUUGUUAAAGACCAUUUUCCCGAGGAAAUGAAAAUGUUAUUAACCCGGGGCUCAAUUUACGCGCGAAUGUCGCCCGAUCAGAAACAAGCAUUAGUUAUAGAACUCCAAAAUUUGGACUAUUGCGUUGCCAUGUGCGGUGAUGGUGCCAACGAUUGCGGUGCCUUGAAAGUAGCUCAUGCUGGUAUUUCGUUAAGCGAGACCGAGGCGUCUAUAGCGUCGCCUUUUACUUCACGCAACCCCACGAUUUCUGCGGUUUUAAAAGUUAUAAAAGAAGGUCGCGCUGCAUUAGUCACGUCUUUUGGUAUUUUCAAGUAUAUGGCAGCCUAUUCGCUGGUUCAGUUUAUAUCUGUAAUGAUUCUGUAUUCGAUCGACUCAAAUCUGACAGACAAGCAGUAUCUGUAUGUAGAUCUGGGAAUAAUAUCGAUAUUUGCAUUCUUUUUCGGUAAAACAGAAGCGUUUGAUGGAAAUUUAGUAAAACAAGUGCCCCUCAGCUCAUUAAUAUCUUCUACGCCUUUGGCAUCCCUUUUACUACAUCUUACUGUUGUAACAGGAUUUCAGGUGACUGGUUGGUUUCAUCUUCACCAACAGCCGUGGUUCGAACCAUUUCAGCAUGCGGACGAGAAACAUUUGGGUUGCUAUGAAAAUUACACCAUGUUUUGCAUAUCUAGUUUUCAGUACAUAAUACUUGCUUUUGUGUUUUCCAAGGGUGCGCCAUAUCGGAAACCACUGUGGACGAACUGGCCACUUUGCUUAGCAUUUAUUGUUAAUGUAUGCUUGAUAGUCUAUUUGGUUAUUAACCCCAGUAAAUGGGUAGUAAAUUUUUUUCAGCUCAUCGUACCUCCUGUUAUGAGCUUUCGUUAUAUUAUGCUUGUUUACGGAGCAGCAUCAUUUACUUGUCAUGUUAUUGUCGAAUCUUUUCUAGUUGAAUAUCUUGUAUUCAAAAAAUACCAAGUUCGACGGGAUCAAAACUGGGUCACAUCAAAGCAAAAAUACAUGCGCCUUGAGUAUGACGUUUCCAAAAUAGAUAAUUGGCCUCCAAUUACUGAAGUUUACGAACCGAACACGUGUACCGACUGGGAAAUAGAGCAGCCCAAUUAUGUCAGUUUGCGCGCUAAACAAAAUCAUGACACGCAGCUUGGAAAGUUUCCUGGAUUUCUUUAGAAAAUUUCUUAGAUUUAUAGUUCAAAGUAAAUAAAUCGUGGGAUAAAGUCUCGCCAAUCACUUUGUACAUUUUAGUGUAACCAAUUGUUAGUCUUAAAAAUACGCAUUGUUGUCAUUAUUUGGUAUUUACCUAAAAUUAUUUAAUUCCAAAAUUGUUUGGCUAUGCAUAGAACUGUGAGAAAACUUUUCAUUGGUCAUACUAUGCUCUAAACGGCGGUCAUGUAUUUUUAAAUAUAAUUAAGUGUUUAAUGUUUAGUAUAUGCUCUUAUUUCAAUCUUGGCUGUAUAUUGCGUAAAUCGAGUAAGCUUAAUUUAUUUAUUUUUAAGAAUUUGCUUAUCCUUCUUAAAUGUAUAAGAAUACGCUUCAAUUUAUUAAAUAAUUCAAAAGUAAUAAA